GUACAGCUCGCCCUUGCACAGGGAGACCAUCAGCAGCACUGACAAGAGGAUGCCACCCACUGUGAGCAGCCCCAGGCCCGCGAUGAUGCACUUGUCCAGCAUUUAUCUACUCCGGACCGUCAGCAAGCCAGGUCACUGCAGCGCCCGCUCGCUCGCUCGCUCGCUCACUCGCGGGCCAAAAAGCUUGUUCUCACCCUCCAAGCAGUGAGAGCCACUGAUCCGUACCCACAACCCCAGUCUACUUAUGAGAUAAUCAUCAGACAAAUCCCAGUUGAGGCACAUUCUGCAGAAUGCCUGACCACUUCUCAGGACUGUCAAGGUCAUCCAAAACAAGGAAAGCCUGAGGAACUGUCACAGCCAAGAGGAGCCUAAAGAGACAUGUCGUGUGGUAUCCUGGCCAGAAAAAGGACACUGAUGAAUACUAAGGAACUCUGAGAAGAGAGAUUGGUAAACUACAUCUGGACUGAAAGGAAUGAUAACUACUUGGUGGCAAAUCGUACUUUGGGCUUCCUGAGGACGGUGACUCGUAUCAUCCGGCAGGUGCAAAGGUGUUGGCUCCCAUGAGGCCCCCACUGACAGAAGUGCCUGGUGCUAGCAUUCUUCGAGUGCCUCGCUAGCAAGCUAAGGUUCCUGUCCUGUAUCCUUCAGAGUAGGUCAACGUCAAGUGUGGCUCGUGGUCAUCUGUGGAAUCUGAGUGUGUAGUCAGACCUGAGGAGACCCCUUCUGCACACUGCCGUGAGUGAAAUGGGGGCAAGGACACCCCAGGAGCAAGGGGACCUGGAAAGUGAAGAUGUCCCUUUAUCGAGACUCUGUGGAGAGGACACUGAGAUGGAAACAGCAGAAGAGCCAACCCCAAGUCUUGGGCAGACCCUGGAGUGGCUGAGAAAGGAGCUGGCUGAGAUGCAGGUUCAGGACCAGAGACUGCUGCUCACACUGAGGCAUCUUCACAGGGUCCUGGAGGAACUGCGUGCUAAGAGUGCUCACUGGGACGAUGCCACGUCCAGCAGAGGGACGUCCCCCAUCAGAGUUCGAGCGGGCUCUGAAAGCCGGGGCUGCCCCUCCAUCUCCUCCAAGGCGUUGGCCCAGCUCCUCCAAGGGGCAGACAGCCGGCGAAGCUCCCUCCCUUGACUAACUGGCCAGGCCUGAGGCCAGGCUUGAACUCUCCCCCUGCUUGUCCAAGCUUUUGACUGUGAUGUUGCUGGAAGAGAGCACUGGAAUGGGAGUCGGGGAGCCAGGGCUCUGGGUUCCUCUCUGCCCUCAUCCGCUAUGCGUCCUUGAAACCAUCACUCAACUUCUCCGUGUCAUUGGUUCCUUUUCAGUGGCUCAUCAGGGUUUUUGGUGAAACACAAAUAAGAUAUCGGGUGUGAACACCAGUGGAUUCGUGGCCUCUGGCAAGCAGUAAUCCUACCCUUGGGCAUUUCUCAUAAGGUGAUUGUCAAGACAAAGGAAGAGCUCCACACAGAGGAUGUUUGGUGUUGCCCUGGCGAAAAUUAGUGCCCCCUCCCCUACCCCACAGUGACUCCAUAGUUGUUUUCUGUCUUCCCAGAGGGCCUUCACAUUCCUCCCUCUGAAAGCAACAGGCCCAGUCACCACUCCAGCCACAGGGAUGGGCCUAUGGCCAGGCCUGGCCAAUAAUCAUUCAUAAUCACCCUAAUAACAUGAUUGGCCCAACGGGAGGGCAUGUGACUCAACAGAGCCAAUCACAGUCCUUCUCUGGGAUCGCUAUCUGGAUGUUCUUUCCACUGCGGUUGCAAGGCGGGGGAGUGCUGCAAAUGGCCAUGUGCUCUCCCUACCAGGUGAAGAAAACUUGACCUCAGUAGGAAAAAGAAAGGGGGGGGGGGGGUAGAGGAAGGGCCACAGGACAGAUGGACAGAGAGGAAGGGCGCUGGCUCUUUUUAGUCCCUGAUUGUGUGAGUUACUUUUCCAUUCUUUCCAGUGACACAACCAGGAAAUUCCACCACCACAUCCUCCACCACGCACACCUGAUUUGUUUCUGCUUAAGCUGACUUGAGUAGGGCUGCCCUCACGUGCAACCCAAACGAUCCUGAAGAAUACAACCCAGAUGUUCAAAGAAGCAAAGAGAAACGCUAUAAGAAAAGGGCAUUUUGCGCACUCGGCAUUGGCAGCAACAGUCCUGGAACCUCAGACAAUGAGGUUUGGGCUGUGACAGAACGCUCUGUCGUAUGCGGUGCUGGAGUCAUAACUUUGACAAGUUCUAUCUGCCUAUAAGAAAGACUUUAAAAAUAAGGCAGGCGAAAAUGUGAAAGGCCUUGUGUUACGAUGGUCCAAUGAUCGGUAGGACUUUUUAUUUUUGAGAAUCGACUUGCAUGUUGUUAGAAUAUUGUUUUUCUGGCUUUGGAAAAGUAAAGCUGUUGUAUACAGAGGCAAAGGGGGGGGGAUGUGUUGUAUGUACAAUGCUUAUAGUCAGACUAACCUGGGAUUUUAAUACAAUACAGUGUUUGAUAAUAUAAAAAAAAAGACUUCUCUAUCCCACAGCUGAGAGGAUAAACAAAAUGUGGUAUGUACUUAAAAUGGAAUAUCCAUCAGCCUUGAAAAGGAAAGAGAUUCUGGCACGUGCUACAACAUGGGCGAACCUUGAAGACAUGAUGCUAAGUGAAAUGAGCCAGUCACAGAAGGACACUGUACGAUCCCAUUUGCAUGAGGCACCUUGCAUAGUCAAUCCAUAGAGGCAGGGAGUAGAAGAUUGGCUGCCAGGAGCUUAGGGAAGGGACAGCGGGGAGUUAUUGUUUAAAGGGUCCACGGUUUCAGUUUUGCAAGAUGAGAAAAGUUCUAUGGUUGGAUGGUGGUGGUGGUGGGGCCAUAACACUGUGAAUAUACUUGAUGUCACAGAGCUGCACCCUGAAAAAUGGU